AAAAAACUGCUGGAUUCUCUCUCUACAUAAAUUCGAGCUCAACAAACACUCACAAUCAUAUCAUAAGCAUACACUAAACUCAACUACGCCUAUGGCUGCAGCUAAAUACUCUCUAAUUCAUACGCAUAUUUCUCAAGAAUUCUGCACCUCCACCACCAGGAAGAGCGGUGGAUGCUUCAGAUUGAGCUCGAAGAAAGCAGAUUUUUCAGUCUCAGAUGCGAAAAGAGCGAAUCUUUCCGCCAGAAAGAAGGAGAGAAUCAAGCUCCCCAAUUACGGUGAUGGUGUUGGAGGAAAUCGGAGUUACCAUAUCAGUGAGUUUUUCAGCCAUCCAUCUGGAAUCGAAGCGAUGCUGAAUUCAAGGGCUCUGAAGAGUUAUCAGCCCCUUGAUUCCAAUUUGUACAGGUGUGUUCUGCCGCAGAUUCAACUUCUCAGUUUUAGAGUUGCGCCAGUUUUGGACUUACAAGUAACUCCAACUACUGAAGAUUGCGUAGUAGAGAUGUUGUCUUGCAAGUUUGAGGGUUCAGAAGCAGUGGAACGCCAGAAUGAACGUUUUUCAGCUUCUAUGAGAAAUCAUAUUAAAUGGGAAACUGUAGAUGCCGAACAUGUCUUGGAUGUUGAUGUGGAAUUAAAUAUCCUCCUUGAGAUCAACACCCAGCCAUUUGCACUGCUGCCUAUAUCAGCUGUCGAGCGUCCAGGAAAUUUGGUUAUGCAGGCUCUGGUAGACCAGCUGGUACCAUUGCUUGCACAACAAUUGUUGCAAGAUUAUAAGGAAUGGAUUCGUCAACAAAGCAAAUGCCUUGAGUGAAUUAAUCCUGCCUUCAUCAUGCUUCUCUAGAAUGAGUAUUUGCAGGUGCAAACUUCAUUAGAUGCCGGCUUGCAAAUGCAGUCUUUGAGUGGAGGAAAAAAGUCUCAACUAACAAAAUACUGAUCCAACAACUCAUCAAUAAAGGAAUACCAAAUGCUAACCUCAAAAAAUGUAAAAUGUAUGCAGAUUAUUGUCUCAGGAAUAAAAAGGAGUCACUGCUUUUGUUUGUUAA